AUGAGCGAGGAUGAAAUGCCGCCCGUCAAGGCGAGACCCCAGUCGCGCACGAUAUCGGGAGGGCGCAACGGCAAUAUGGAACCCACCUCGCGAUCGCGGGCAUCGGGGUCGUCGAGACCCGUGCAUCAUCGCACGCUUAGCCCACCACCGGCUGCGGGCCCAUCACGAUAUCUGGGCGCCCUGGAACAAACGGACGAGGACGAGCCGCCGCCUGUCCAGCCAAGACCAAAGCCGCGCCCCGUCAAGAAGACCCGAGAGGAGGUGCAAACGGACGAUGAUGAGCCGCCACCUAUCAAGCCCAGACCAAAGCCGCGCCCUGUCAAAAGGGCCGCUCGAGAGGAGGAGCAAAUGGACGAUGACGAGCCGCCGAUCGUUAAGCCAAGAUCAAAGCCGGGACCAGCAAAAGACUUGAGAUGA